CAUAAGUCACCCUCUCCUUGUAAUACCUGUGUCAUACCCAAGUCAUUAUACAGAGUUGUGUCCUGAUAUGUCACAAAAACAAGAGCACACACACACACACACACACACACACAUAUAUAUGAAUGUUAAUAUGGUAUUGACCAUCCCAGCUGUAGUCAUAUUAGUCAUAUUAAAAAUGCAAUAAAAUAUAUGAUCCCUUCAGUGAAGGAUUGUAAUUUGUUACUUCUUCAUUGUAAAGUUAUUUAUUUUUGUAAAUUUUUAUUGUAUAAAAUGGGAUACAAAUUAUGCAGUGUUUCCAGAUGUUGCUUUCCUUUUGUUUUGUAACUUAUCAAUGAAAUGUCUGAAAAUAAAAAUGCUCAAACAUUACAAAAACAUCUUUUUGGAUGAAUGUAAUUAAUUGAAGAAAGCUAAAGCAAAAAUGUAUGUGCAAAACAUAAACAUAUAAAUUGGCUACUUAUUUUCCUACUUAUGUGUAAAAUAUAAACAUAUGAAAGGCACGUAUUUUCCUGAUAUUACAGAGCAUGGAUAUGCGUGCUAAGACGUGGUUUGUAAAGUUCAGCUGGAUAUCAAAUACAAUAUUAAAAUUUCUGUCUGGCUGUAUUGUUGUCGACCUCCAUAAGGUUGAGCUAGGGAUCUUGGGAUUGUUGAACUGGAAUGAUUCUCUAUUAUCUGCGUAACAUGAAUAGGAAAAGUCAUGAGACUUUAUGACAGGAUUCAAAGAUGUUACAGGUCGAGAAAAGGAGAGGGCCAUGGACAGAACCCUGAGGUAUGCCAGUGAUUAGUGAAUUGAUUUAAACACCUGUCCACUCCCUCAAAGCCUUGGAUAGGUCUCACAGGCAGAUCCUUAAAAAAUUACAAUUAUGUCAUUAAUAACUCAGCUUCAUGUCGUUCUAAACCAGUAAGACCUCCGUUUAUCUUCGGAACACAGUUUAAGAUAUUUUAGAUUUAGUCCGAGAGCUCUCAGUCCCUCCAUUGAAGCUGUGUGUACGGUCUACUGUCCAUGUCCAGAAAGGUAAGAAAAACAUCAUCAAAGUGGUCCGGAGGAUCAGAGGAUCAGAGGUCAGAGGAUCAGUUAGAAUUUUUUGAGGAUUCAAAAAUACAUUUUGGUCCAAAAAUAACAAAAACUUUAUUUAGCAUUGUCUUCUCUUCCUGGUCUGUUGUGAGCGCGUUCACUGCAGUGUAGAGAUGUCCGGUUCGUGAAUGAAUGAGAAAAGAGAAAACUGAAGAUGAACACGAGAGUCAUCAAAAGAUGACUUUUUCAUUGGAGAAAACAACAUUAUGGACAGAGGACUUAUUUGAAGUUAAACUUCCUUCAUGAUGGAUUUUGGAUUUGGAUGGCCUGAGGGUGAAAUUUCAGCUAAUUUUCAUUUUUUUUGUGAACUAUCCCUGCUUCAAGGGAUUUGCAAGUUGAUAGUUCAGAAAAUAUACUGAAUAUUCAUAUUCAGGAAUCUUCAGCAUAUAUUUUGAUAACAGAUGUUUCACACAACAUACAGCAAAGGUUAGAUGUUUCUUCUGCAUGCAAUAAUUAACUGUUUUGGAAAAGUCAAAACUCUUUUUUUGUCACGUUUGUGUUCUGUUUUGGUUUAGAUAUCCCUGAGUUUCUGUUCUACCUGCCUUGACCCAUAGUUUCCUGUGUUGCUUGAUUAGUUCAUUCAGUUCCACCUGUGUUUAUGAAUUAUCUGGUUUGUCUCAGUUAAUGUAAGCCCUGUGUUCUCCCGAGUUAAUUUGCCAGUUUUGGAGUUGAAGACUUUCUAUUGGAUUAUUCAUGUGUCACGCACUUUCAUCUACAGCCACAAACUGCUAGUUUUAUUGUUUUGCUUCAUUUCCAGCAUCGAUUGGCCUCUCACAGGCCUCCCUUUAUGAGCUGAGAUCUUUUAAUAAAACAAAUACUAGCCUAUGGGGACACUGAAAUACACUUUUAUCUAGGCAUAAAUUUAUUGUGAUGCCAGCCUGGAAUUUUAUUUUAAGCAUCUGAGUCUUGCUGGUACACUUUAGGAGAAUGCAUUUUGUCUAAUCACUAUUCUGUGUUGUACUCAGUGCACGGUUAAUAUAACAAUUAUUGUUUUAUAUAUAGUUUAAUUUGUGUUCAUUUUUACAAGCAAAAGUUAGAGUUUUUUUUUAUGCAUGCAAUAAAACUUUGUUCCUUUGAAGUGGGAUGGACUAGUUUCCUUUCCUUGGAAAAUAUAUAUAUAUCUUUUUUUAUUAUUUUUUUAUUUUUACUUACCAUUUAUAUGACUGUAGGCUUUAUUCCAUAAUAAAUAAUAAAUAUUAAUAUAUUUAUUAUUAUUAUUUAUUUGUUUUUACUUACCAUUUAUAUGACUGUAGGCUAACUGGUGAGAAAUUACAGCUCUACUAAUUAAAAAUUUUGGCUCUAUAUAGCAAAAUUAACAUAAUCAAGCUCAAACUAUAAAUCAAUAAUCAAGCUCAAACUAUAAUCAAACUUUAAAUAUCUUUAUUCAACAGUUAUAUAUAUAUAUAUAUCAAAUGAAGAAUCAGUAGGCUAACCUUGUCAUUAAAUGAAGAACGUUUUGAAAUGUAGUGUCUAUCUUUGUCCACUAGAGGACAGCAUUGAUCCCAAAAUGAACCACAGACGUCGGUUGUGGGCAAGUGAGGUUAAUGUGUGGCCUAGUGUUUACAUAGUGUUGCAGACAUUGACAGAUGUAUUGUUUUUAAAAGAAUGACAACACCUGUUGAAUUGUGAUUUUUACAUCUUUCAAAUGAAGACCUGAUAGGUGUAGUCAGUUGCCAGUUGUAAUUUUAUAUUACUUGAUGGAAAAUUCUCACAUAUCCUUAAUCCUUUAGCAGGAAUGAGUCACUGAUCUAAUAAAAGAGCACUGUAGCUAGCUGGAAAUAAAGAUGGAGACUUGCUUUGCAUAAUCAUAAUUCCAUGCAGUUAGUUUGUGUUCUAAAAUAAUGACCACACCGCAUUUGCUUUUGGAUUUUUUUUUUUUUUUUUUUUUUUUUUUUUUUGACAGUUUGACAAUAUUUUACAGGUUAAAUUAUAGUUACACAUUUAUCAGACUGACAACAAAAAUAAUAAUCUUUUUUUUUUUUUUUUAAUAAGAACAUUUAGGGCAUCACAUCCCAUUAUUACAUGUGCUUUGUUCUUUGAACAGCAUUAAUUUGAAUUAAGCUAUAUCAUUCAACUAUAGUGAGCAAAUUUCUGUCCCUGGAAGUUAAAAUUUCCUUACAAUAAAAUAUCACAUUAUUCUUUCUGUUCUCAUUAUUUAAAAUGUAAGAUGCAUACUCACUUUCACUGUAAAGUCUCUCACGGUCAGAUUUGCAUUUUUCUAUAUUUGACAGCAAGUCAGAAAGAAAAGUCAUGUAUUGUUAAUAUAAAAAUGCCUUACAUUUCUAGAGCUGUGCACCACAUAAUGCCCAUCCCAGGGGCAUAGAUUACACGGGGGACCCACUUUUAUCAUCACGGAACUUCGUCCCCCGCACUUUGUCGGACAAGUGUGUUGGUAUAGAGGUUUUCAAGAGUUGGUGUGAAUAAAUAUAGAUUUAAACUCAAAGAGACAGGAUAGUCUGCGAUUGACCUGAUGUUUUUUUCGGACAGAGAAGGCGAAAUGAACAUCACGGAGCGCUAAAGUCUCCUGCAGUGUGUGUGUGUGUGUGUGAUUUUUGUAAUUUGUGUUGUUGGUUUGAUUCUGUGUUUACCUGUGGCCCACUUUCUAAACACCUUCAGCAGUUUUCAUUUGGAUUUUUAUUAUCUCAAUCCCUUUAAUUCGACGUGUAGUGUAAAACAUCCAUCAGGAAUGUUGAAUGUUGAAAGAUUUCUUAUUAUCCUGACACAAGCAAAAUAAUUAGCCGUCUCUGUAUUUUCAGUCAACCAAAUAUUUUUUUCAUACAUUUCCAUUUUAGGUUUCUAGUAAGUGACACACUUAGCGUGAGAAGAGAUUACAUGAGAGGUGGAAAAAUAUCCAACUGGAAGAGGUGGUACCCAUGUAGAAACAGGAAGGUGUGCACAUGAGUCACUCGCAGAGAGGACAAAAACGGUAAUCUAUGUUUUGCUAGUCGCACUGUCUAAAUAACCCUAGAUGAAAAGUCACUAAAAAAACUUACAUACAUACUCCAGGGCAUUUGAAUUUACUGUGUAGACAAAAGGCUUCACUAGUAAGAGCUGAGGUAUCAGAUCUUCAUUUCUGGUCAACACUUAUCCCUCGUUCUGAAACACUACGUCUAUAACUAUCAUGUGUAGGCAUCCUUUGUCCUUAAUGUAAGUAUAUAACAUGAAUGGUGCUCUAAUGCUAAGCAAAGGUGUGUGAGAAUCGCACCAUGCUAUAAUAAAAUGACCAGCAAUGGUUAAUCUUGACAUUACCAACGAUGAUGGCGUGUCAUUCGUGCAUGCUCCUCGCUAAUCUGGAAGGUUGAUGCAAAUGCCUGAAAAACGUCCUGCUGAUUAUUUGCAUGCAAACAAAUAUGUGAGGGUCAUUUCAAAAGUUGACUUCUGAUCAGCAUCUAUAGUAUAGUUCACUACAGCGGAGCUGGAUUUUGUGUCUUUGGUAUAAUGGUCAAAUUCAGCUGGAGUUUGGAAGCAGACACAGUUGUUUCCCUGGGAUAGAUAGCUGACUAUAUCCUGUCACUUACAUCUAGUGUCUGCAUCAUGGAGACAGGUGAGGUGUAGUUUUACCUGUUAUUGGUAUUUAAAAACUCUGUAGCUGGAGCUCUGUUUUUGUCAUGCUGUUUAUUUGGAAGGUUAAGAUUAAUCUUCUCGGAAUGAUUGAACUACAUCACUUAAUAUUUAACUCGGAUGUUAACCGCUCUGAUUACUUAAUUACAAGACAAAGUCAUGAUAGACAUGGCUCAGUGCACUUUCAACCAGUUUUAACUUGCUUAUAAAACAGAAAAUUGCAUUAAAUGUAUAUAUCGGACAGUCUUCGAUGCUUGUAAGUGGCAGCAGGACUUCAGAGCUCCUCAACUGCACUCAUGAAGCUGGGGUCUUUUACAUAACGCUACAAUGAUUUUUGCAUGCAAUUUCCUAUCACAGACAUUUUAAAUUGCAAAUACACUGUUCUGUUGACUAGGAUCUGUGCUUCCCAGGAAUCAUCGUAUUGUAUAUACAUAUAUAUAUUUAAAUGUUGAAUGAUGAUACCUUCUUUUACUCCAUUUCCAUCUUCCGCCAUUGACUAUGGUGUCGUAAUAGCAUAUUUCACAUAAAAGUAAAAGUGGCGUUUCAACUGGACGGAGUUAGUGUUUGUAAACUGAUCAAUUUGCAUUGACCAAAACCAAAGAUAAUUUCCAUGCCAGUUAUAGAUGCACGCCAUAAAACUGACUAGAGAUGCCGUACCUGCUCGAAAAUCAAGCUGCAAAUGAUAAAUUAUUGUACACUUGUGAUAAUAAACGUGCAGUUAUAAAACAAACCAGAGCUUCGAACUGAAUGCUAUCACAAGCUGUCUUUCCGUGCAUAUGACUUCCUGUGAAGCCAUUUGCCUGGCAUUCACUCAUAUGAUCGAUAUCCUACACAAAUGGAAUAACAUCAGGCAUCCAUGGUUAAUCAGCAUGUUUCCUCCAUGUUUACAAGUACGUCAUGCUCUCUGUGUAUAUCUCUGCAGAAUUCACGAAGAGAGUGUAUCAGGGAGUCAGGGUGAAGCACACGGUGAAAGAUCUGCUGGCAGAAAAGAGGUCACGGCAGACGAGCGGCCCGCGCUACGCUGGUGUCUCAUCUCCUCCGAGUCCAUUUGUUCAAAUGACUGGUUCUCACAUGCUUCCGAGUUACUACGGCAUGAGAAGACCUUUCAUUGCAGACACAGAGUAUUGUUCCUCAACGAAACCAUUUUCUACUGAUGUCUACCCAUCAUCGCUUAUGGGAAAGUCUCUCCCGGUUGACCCCGGAUGCAUGUCUGGGUAUUCCUCACUUAUAGACAGCUACUACCCGGAGUCAUUUGGGGACUACCGCAGCACACCUUUCUCCAGCGGAGGAAGUACAAUAUUCUCGCCCUCUGCAUUGUCUUCUUUUCUUCCUUCUUACUCCAGUGACACAUCGCAUUAUUUGCUGAGGGACUCCUGGGAGCCCACGGGGAGCGACGGCGUGGAGGGUCUGUGUGGAGAUGCUCUGGCUCCCAUGCCCCCAUCUACACCCAGUUCUCUGGUCAACCCCGACACCGUCAGCCCGACCCAGUUCCGCUCAUCGUCCCGGGGCUCCAGCAUGACGCCUUCACAGCCGUACUCUCUCCAUUCACUGGAUGAAGUCAAUUAUCACUCCUCAUUUCAAACCACCUCUGGCAGCUUUGCUUCCCCUUCAUUCAUGACUGAGCCUGCAUCCAAACUAGUGCCAGUACUGCCCUCAGAAGAUACUGAACAUGCCCCUUCAGCCUUGAGCGACAGCCUGGCUUGGGGCAAGGAGGACACUGCUAGCACUUGGUCACGGUAUGAGGUCAGGAGGACAUUCUGAGCUUGAACUGGAAGGAAAUAAAGGCUUACCAGCCUAGAAGAUCAACACUACUUCAAUACACAACAAUUAGCACUAAAACAUUUUUGCCAGUUUUACUCAGCAGAGCUAAGGUGUAACAUUGGGAACAAAUUAUUAUAUCUUCAAUUUAAAGAUUUAUUUGUAUCAUUUAUUAUAUUUGUACUUUUUUUUGUCAUCACAACUUAUUUUGUCUAAGCUGAAUAAUUAGGAGUCUGUUUAUCCACAUUUUUAUUACUGUGACAAUGUAUAUUACCUGCAAACGUUAAGUGUUACAGUAUUUAUAGUCCGUGUGUAAUAUCUAGCUAGUCCGAUUUCUCUUCUUGUGACUCUUUUCAAAAACCUGUUGUGAAAAUGGUCUUAAGGGUAAAUAAACUAGAAUUACAACAAAUGAUGUAACUCUACAGCAUGAUGGAAUUCAAAGAACAGAAAGAAACUUUAUAUUUAAUGAAAUCUCAGACAUUUUAUUUAAUGAUUGAAUGUACAAAUAUUUUCAAGAACACGGAAACAUUAAAACAAGUUUUUCAUUAAUAUAGUCAUAAUAUAUUCAUACUUAUUAAAAUACAGCUUAGAGGAUUAGGAAAAAAUACAUAACAACAUUUCCUUUCUUUUCUUUUUUUUAUUUAUUCAAAUAAUUAGACUAAUAUAUAUGUAUAUGGUUUAUAUGUAAAAGGUGUUUUUGUACUGAUUAUGAUGGAACUUUGUGAGAUUGCGAUGAACUAUGGAGAGUGGCUGCUUUUAUUGAUUAUUAAGGGAGUUUGCAAAGU